AUGUCCGAUGCAGGCAAUGAGGCGCCUGAAACGUCCAACAAGCGGCGCCGGACCUCGGGCAUGUACCAGAGACGGCGUGCUGUUGCGGCGUGUGGGCCCUGUCGGGUCCGUAAAACGAAAUGUGACAAUGUCCGGCCAGCAUGCGGCUUUUGCCAGCGAAACGGCGGACAAUGUACAUACCCCGACACCUCGAAUGACUUCUCAACAUUCGAUCCCGCGAGCUUGGCAAUUUUGGACCGCCUCAAUCAUGUUGUUUCUCUGCUUGAGACUCGUCCGGAACUACCAGCCGCGCAAGUAGUUAGCGCUCCCCCCAUUCCCUCAACACUAUCGCCAACAUCGAUCCAUGGGCCUCAAACUAGUACAAGCGUCACUAUUGACGAGAAUCUAAGUCAUCCUUCUGAUGAUCUACCCGAGGACGAAGUCAUGAUCCGCCUCGACAUCCCAGACUCUGCCGCUGCUAGGUCUAAUUGCGAGGCCAUUCUGCGAUGGCCAAUCUUUAGGGGAUAUGCGCCCGAGACGGAGUCUUUUAUUUUGGAGUUAGAGGAUGGUGAUGCAGAGUCUUCACAUCGAUCUCAACCUGUCAGAAGUCGGAACCUAGGGCGGGGAGUUCAGGAAGACGACUUCACGGUGCUGUCCAAGAAGUUCUUGGCAUACGUGCAUGUGAAGAAUCCAGUUCUUGACGUGACCGACUUCAAAGCUACGCCCGAAUCGAUGCGCUCGUCAGUAUCGACCACGACGGAUCCAGAUACAGCCCAGGCCUACUAUCUCGCAGCCAAGAAGCGGCUGGGACUACUUGAGCCCUCCUUACUUCAGAUUCAAUGCCUGUUCUUCUGUGCAGUGUUCGAGAUGUACUCACUUCGUCCACUUCAGGGCUGGUUCUACUUCAAUCAAGCCAGCGUUCAAUUCAAGAACCUAUACUGGCGGAGGGCCCAGAGGCGGAAUUGGCAAAGUAUCUCUCAGAAGACACGGCGCCUUGAGCAACGCCUUUACUGGUCAUGCAUGAAGUCGGAAUGCGAGCUCAGAUGUGAGAUACCAUUGCCACCAAGUGGCAUCACUGGCCUAGGAUAUCCAGACUUGUUCCCCUCGCCUCCGUCUGAAGUCGCAUCUCCUGCAGCUCAGCCAAGCGCGUUAGAUAUCUUGGAAGAUGAUAUUCAGCCAGAGGAGGAAAAGAGUUGGUUCUAUUACCUGGCUGAGAUAUCGUCGAGAAGGAUGAUCAAUCGUGCUAUAUCGAUAUUUGGUUACAAUGGAGAGCAGGCAUGGACCCGAGACAUAGCCAAAGUGCUCGAGAAGAGCGAGGAAUUUGACGAGCACAUCAACCUCUGGUAA